AUGGGUGACAGUGCAACUGCUAGCCAGAAUGGCUCGGCCGUUGGCAAUGGCAAGAAACAAAUCUUGCUUAACGCUUUUGAUAUGUCGACCGUGGGACAUCUGUCGCCUGGACAAUGGAAGAAUCCCAAGGACAAGUCUGCGACCAAGCGAACUCUCGGGUACUGGAUAGAGUUGGCGAAACUCUUGGAGCGCGGCGGAAUCAAUGCAUUGUUCCUGGCAGAUACAACUGGAGGUCAUGAUACCUAUGAGGGCAAACUAGACGAGUGUAUUCGGCGUGCGGCGCAAUGGCCGGUGACAGACCCGACUAUUCCCAUUUCAGCAAUGGCUGCAGUGACAAAGAAUCUGGCGUUUGGCAUCACGGCCUCAACUUCAUUCGAGCAGCCCUUUUUGCUGGCUAAGCGCUUUUCAACCCUGGACCAUUUGACCAAUGGUCGAUUGGGUUGGAACAUCGUGACCUCAUAUAAGAAAGCGGCUUUCAAAGCCAUUGGUGUGGAUACUCCAAUUGAGCAUGACGAACGGUAUCGCCAGGCAGAUGAGUAUUUGAAGGUGCUCUAUAAACUGUGGGAAAGUUCCUGGGCUCCUGAUGCACUGUCGCCCAACCCCGAAACAGACUCGUACAUAGACCCGGAUAAGGUCCGUCAGAUCAAUCACAAGGGCAAGUACUUCUCAUUAAGCACACGACACAUCGUCGACCCGUCUCCGCAGCGGACGCCGUUCCUUUUCCAGGCAGGGACUUCACCUGCAGGAUCGGAUUUUGCUUCGACACACGCUGAGGCGAUCUUUGUCUCUUCCCAUUCGCCAGAGGUGUUGAGGCCGAAGGUCGACAACAUCCGCAAGCUAGCCGCAGAACGAGGCCGUGAUCCACAGUCAAUCAAGUUCUUCGGUACCUUUACGCCCAUUGUAGGCAAGACCGACGAAGAGGCGUGGGCGAAGUACGAGGAGCUGAAGAAAUACGCGUCGGUGAUUGGAGGACUGGUUCUUUUCAGCGGAUGGACGGGCAUUGACAUUUCCAAAAUCCCAUUGGACCAAGACAUCACGGCUUUAGACUCGUUGGAGGCAAACAAAGUCACUAGCUUGCUUGACGCAUUGACCACGACUAGCAAGGAUAUUCCACGCUGGACGCCUCGCGUGGUUGCCGAGAAGGCUGCAAUCGGUGGUCUCGGCCCGGUAGCUAUUGGAAGCCCGGCUACUGUUGCCGAUGAGAUGGAGCGUUGGAUACAAGAGGCUGACCUCGAUGGGUUCAAUCUUGCAUAUGUUACCACGCCUGGCACCUUUGAGGAUGUGGUUGACCUGCUCAUCCCGGAGCUGAGGCGGCGCGGUCUUUAUCCUGAACUUCCAGACCCCUCAGAGCCAGCUCUCACAGCCCGUGAGAGGAUAUAUGGCAAGGGACAGAAAGAGCUCAGGGCUGACCAUAUCGGAAGCAAGUACAAGUACGAUGUGUAUCAGGAGGAGGCGCCUUAUGUUGCUGAUACCGAGGAAAAUUGA